GGGCUGAUGGUCGCAGGUCCAGGUAUUGUGCCCCGUUUGUAGAAGAUGGUGGGCUCGCAAGGCCGACGAGGCGCGAGGAGCAUAUCGGGGUAUCGAAGCAAUGUAGUAGGCAGUCAGGCCGGUUAUCUGGCCCGUCCCAUAACUAAAGCGCCUGAAGCGCAAAUUUAUUUUAUAAACCACCGGUCUGGGGCCUUUCCGGUGCUCCGUCUCCGCACCGUCGUCCGCGGAGAACGGGCAAGUCGGUCGAUCGUGAAUAGAACAACGGCGUUAUGGUCCAACUGGAUAGUGUCGUCGCUGAUACUCGCGGGUCCAGGAAUUUUGCCGAUCUUUGUACAAACCCGUGGUCGCGAAGUUGCCGAAUCCCGCGGCUCGUACGGAUCAAGAGACUGGGCUCAGUAAAUGUUGAGGCGGGCUGGAUGGACUCUACCCCCAACAAACGGAAGGAAACGAACAUAAACUCGGGAGUUGUCUAGUAGAAUUCUUCUCCCGCCCUCCGAGCGCGGGCCGUCGGCUCCGGUUCCGUCGAUUGCGGAUGAAAACUGGGCUGGAGUUGAUAUGAUGUACCAUUUGGACGGUAGAAGGCACCGUCAAUCGCUGGUGUAAAUUGGCGAGCCGCAAGACCUAGUGAGCUAGCGUAUGGACACACUAGCUUUUUACGGGCUCGGCCAAUCGCUUUUACUCGCUCAAAACGCUCUCAUUUUACCAGAAAGUGUGCAGCGCGGCGUCUAUGCACUGUGAGAUUCGCCUGUAGACCGAGCCGCGCUUCCGACCUAGUUUUCGUUGGUUUCCAGAGGUUUCCCCUUUUUGCAGCGGCAGAAGCAAGGAACAGAGACGCCCGUCGCAGGCAGCAAUGGCUUUUUACAACACUGUGCCCGCCGAAGACACCCGCCUCCAGGAGGCGCCCAAGUCCUGGAAGCUCAAGAAGAUCGUCGUCGUCUCCGCGGCCCUCUCGUUCUCCCUCGGCGCCUGCGCCGCCACGGCCCUCUCGUAUCGCGAGGUCGGCGCGACCCAGCUAGACUGGCAAGUACCCGUCCCGGCGCAAACUGAUUGCCAGGCGAAGUACCCCAAUCUCUGCUCGGACGACGGCUGCAAUUGUAGAUGCCCGCCGUGGAAUGGCAAACCAUGCCCGACAAAGGGUUGUGAUCAAUCGCACUGCCACGACAAGACCGUGGUCAAGUGCGCCGGCGGCCAGUGCAAUCAAGCCACGGCCACCGCGUCGGGCGAGAUUUCGUGCUCCGACGGCGGCUGCACCCAAACGCCCGGGGUGAAGGCCGGAACGCUUUCCUGUUCGAACGGGAACUGCGACAUGACGGGCGCGGUCGUAACCGGAAGCGCGACUUGCGGAAAUGGCAACUGCCAUAUGAACGGCAUCUCGAGUAACACCGGCGAUAUCUCUUGCGGAAACGGCAAUUGCCCGCAGACUGGAGCCAAGGCUCCGAAGGGCUCGAUCACGUGCCGUAAUGGCAACUGCGCCCAAAACAACGCGGCGGCCGGCAUGAGCAUUACCUGCGACAACCUGUGUGGAAAUCAAAAUUUUACGGCGCGUUCGUGCUGAAUCUUCGCGUCGACCUCCACGCCAUCGACGCGACGCCUGCUCGAUGGCGUGCACCCGACGCACUGGUUGAUUUCCACACAGGCGACAACGGCUCGUGCGACCAAAGCAACGCCAAUGCGGGCCAGACGAUUACUUGCAGAAAUGGAGGAUGCACGCAGACCGACGCGACCGCGCCGAACGGGGUGACUUGCAGAAACGGCGGGUGCCCGGGCAAUUCCGGCGGCGGUUCUAGCAGCGGUUCUACGUGA